AUUUGAAGAAAGAAAUACACAAUAUCUUACGGGCAGACAAAACAACAUCGAAUCUAUAUUUAGAAAACUAGUUCUAGAUCUAGGUCUAUUUGAUUCAGGAAGAAAUACUCCGUCUGUCUGCUAUACAACUAUGAUUAACUUUAAGCAAACCGCAUGGAUAGUAGGAGUUCUUGCUUUACUGAUAGCAGUCACUUACUCUGACUGUCCCAUUGGCUACUUUGGUGUCGACUGUUCUCAACCAUGUCACUGUUUUAAUCAAGAACUGUGUGAUCACGACACCGGCAAGUGCAAUGGUUGGAAGUGUGCAGAAGGAUACGACGGUCUUCCUUUCUGUCAAGAAUUGUGUCCCAUGCUACAAUUUGGACUGGACUGUUCGUAUAAAUGUCAUUGUCCACUCGACGACGAUUGCAAUAAGGUGAACGGAAGCUGCCCCGGUGGUGAAUGCCAUCGUGCUUAUUUUGGAGAAGGCUGUCAGAAAAAGUUGCCAAGGUUACUGACAGCUCCACAAGCCGAGUUCUUCUCUUGUAAUAAUCUAACAGUCACUUGGAAAGAAUUUGAUGCAUCUAAAGAUGAUGGUGAUGGACCCGUUUCGCACUACUUAGUCUCCAUAAAGGCCAACACCACAGACAUUGUUUCAGCUUGGACUCCAAUAUACACUGUGUACUCACGUAAAAGAAUUGGCUUAAGCUACACGGUCAUCAUCAGUCGCGGACUGAUACCCAACGUAGCGUACUAUGUCAGAGUGGACACGGUCUCCAUUGACACCAACAAAGAACCCUUGAAAAAAUAUAUGAAUGGCAGAGAACUGAGAGACCCAGUCCUAAACCAAUGCACUUUUCCUUGUCUAGUAGGAACGCCAUGCACCAUUGACACCUACUGUUUCGAGCAAGCUGAUUCUAGUGUACUCUGUAGCCCAUGUCAUGAAGACUGUGACCUCAGCCUAGGUUGUGAUGGGCCACUGUCUGAAAAUUGCAGAGGUUGCAAACCUGGAUUUAGCAAAACGCCUGGCUUCUUUCCCUGUCUAAGGGCUUCAACUUGUCCUGUUGGAACCUAUGGGACUGAAUGUCAGAAUCAAUGUUUUUGUUAUAACAAUGAUCUCUGUGAGCAGGGGAAAUGUACUGGAGGCCAAUGUGAACGUGGUAGAACAGGACUGCCAAUGUGUCUAGAGUUUUGCCCGGAGCAGACGUUUGAUUUGGAUUGUAGCUUAAUGUGCCACUGCAAGGACAAUGAAGAAUGUAACAAAGUUGAAGGUAGCUGCCCAUCGUUCCAGUGUCACGAUGACUGGGAUGGACUAGGAUGUCAGAGAAGGCUACCAAAGUUUUCGGAACCUCCAAAGUUGUUAUCCUCAACCUGUAACAAUGUAACUCUAGGAUGGUCCUCAUUUCGUGAAAACGUUGACAUUGGUGUGGGGCCCAUAGCACAGUACAAUGUAAUGUUUAAAGAAACCGACUCGGAUAGAUGGUACAACCCGCUCAACUUUUCCAACUUAGAAGAUACUCACUACUUAGCAAUCAUCAACAGCGGCCUAACACCCGACUCAAUGUAUCAGUUUCGAAUAGACAUCAUGGCCAGUGAAAUAGACAAGCUUUUUGUAAGAAGAUUUGUCCAUGGCGAACUGACACAAGAAAUCUUCAACAACUGUUCCGGAUAUGAUUUCAAAACCGCUGCAUUUGGUGAGAGCAUCAGUCAAAAAAUUCAAUCAAGGUUUUUAAUUUUACUUCUAUUGCUGCUUAUUUGUAUCCUGCUUUUGUAUAUAAUUCUGGAAAAUUGCAAAAGUAAAAAACAUCCACCUGCAGAUGUUAAUGUCAAUUUCGCUGAAGAUGCACCAGAUUCUAAAGAGCCUGAGCUUCCUGAGGAGCUAAUGAUUGAUAACACUGAGGACUUGCAAACAACUGAAGCCGAAGGAGAAAACGAAUUGGAGGACGAAGCUUUACCUACCUUCAAGAGAUUUAGUAUCUUCAGUUGAUGUCAUCCUAUACAUUACCGACAGAUUGUUUGCCAAUACAUGACAGAUAUUUCGCCAAAACAUGACAGAUUGUCUGCCAAAUAAAGUGAAUCCAGUGUACAGGC